AUGGCUGAUAGGGGUAAUUUUAAUGCUAUGCUAUAUACACAAGACAGGAUGUAUGGCAACCCUGUGACACUGAAUGAAAUAACUGACUUUUCUAAUUGCAUACACAAUUUGCUACUAAAUGAGCUACCAUGGAAAAGAGACUACUAUACCUGGUCCAAUAAUCAACAAGGAGCAGAAAGGAUUGUGAGCAGAAUUGAUAGGAUUUUUGGCAAUGAUAACUGGAUGAUGAACUGGGGACAUGUGCACACAGAAUAUGAUAUACCUUUAAUCUCUGACCACUCACCAAUGUUUGUCAAUAUAAAAACUGUGAAACUUAACAUUAAAACUCCUUUUAGGUUUUUUAAUGUAUGGGUUUCUCAUGAUGAGUUUGAUACAAAUGUUGGCACUCUGUGGAGAAGAAAGGAAGCUGAUGACCAAAUGGAGAACAUCUGGAAGAAACUGAAAGCUCUAAGACCUAUAUUCAAAAGCCUUAAUACUGCUGAGUAUAAAGGCAUUGCUGAGAGAAUUGACAAUGAUAGGGCUGACCUUAUUCAAGUUCAGGAGGAAAUGAGGCUACGAUAUUCAGAAUCCUUGUUGCUACAAGAGAAGACUAUCCUACAGAACUUGGAGAAAUGGUCACUUAUUGAGGAAAAUAUUCUCAAACAGAAGGCUAGAGUAAAAUGGAUCAAGCUAUGA